ACGACUUUGGCACGGUUUAGUAUCGUUGCGACAAUUAUCGUAAUUAACUCGUUUAUGUGUUGUGUGCUAAUCCAAUUAACCAAGUUCGCGCAGGAUGCCCCCAGAAGCAGCAGAUGCAGCCGCGCAGUGAGAAAACAAAAUAAAUUAAUUCAAUCAGCAUCCAAUUAGAAAGACAAAUGAAGAAUUUUAACGCACAAUUCGCACGCCCAAUUGAAUUGUGUGUUUCUCUGCCCUUUUCCUCGUAUCGCCAUCGCCAUCGCCAUCGUCACCAUUGCCCGCAUCAUCAUCAUUAUUAACAAUUGCCAAUUAGGGAAAACAGUGAUUGACCAAGUGAUUUGCACAAGAAUCUCAAUUCAAUUCGCCAGCCAUGUUAAACUAUCAGCAGCAGCUGCAUUCCAUACCCGUCGGCGGUGCCGGCAAUUUCUAUUAUGCCGCCUCGACAAUGCCGUCGGCGACGUCCAAUGCAUCCGGACCCGGUUCCGGGCCAGCUCACACCUUGGCAUCCAGCGAGGCGACGUAUGCCGCCCCGCCCCUGGAGCUGGAUGAGAAACUACAUCAAGCCUCCUACGUCAAGGAUAAGGAAAUUGCAAAUCGCCGAGAGCUGGACAAAAUGCAUCGCUUCUCCGUGGACAAUCUCAUCGAACUGAAACAGGAUGCGUUUGCCAAGAGCAAAUUAUCCAUGGAGCUGGCCAAUAACUUUGGCGGCGGCGGUGCCGUAGAUUACCCCAACAAUCUCAGCUCGGGGCAUUCCAGGAAGCCGCGUCGCAAUCGCACCACCUUCAGCUCAGCUCAGCUCACAGCCCUGGAGAAGGUCUUCGAGCGUACCCAUUAUCCGGAUGCAUUUGUACGCGAGGAACUGGCCACCAAGGUGCAUCUGAGCGAGGCACGAGUGCAGGUCUGGUUCCAGAAUCGUCGUGCCAAAUUUCGACGCAACGAGCGCAGCGUCAGCCUCGGUCGUCCGCUCUUGGACACGUCGACACAGCUGGUGCCGGCUCCGGUGCCCAACAAUAUGCACAAGUACCCCAAUUUGACGCACAGUGCACCACCCGGUGCAUACGCCCUGAACUUUGCACCACUUGAGCUGCGCUCCUGCCAGAACUAUUCCAAUUGCUAUGGAGGAUUCGGCGCGAACCCAAGCAGUGCCAAUGGCGUCUGCUCCUUCUUCGGGGCGCCCAACUACUGUGUGAACUACGCGAAGAAUGCGUAUCCCUCGCUCUGAUGGGCGAUGGAGCCAAAAAAAACUCUGUAUUUCAAUUAGCACAAUUGCAUUAUUAUAAUGUUAUUUAUACGAAAUUUAUA